GAGGGGGCACCGAGCAUUUCCUUUUUUCCAUUUGCAUCACACAGAGGAUCGUCGCUCUGCUGUUUGCACGUUAGUUUGCAUUAAACCGAGCCGACCUGCCAGAGGAUGCUGCAGGAUCGGAUCAGCGCAGAGGACCGCCGCGGAAACAACCAGAAAAAGUUCAGUUCGGAGUUUGGAGCCAAAGUUUGACGGACUUUUCCUGGCCGGACAUUGGAAAACAGGCUCAUCAUGGAAGGAUUUUCUCAGGAAAAUAGCAGCUUUUUCUUCUGCUUGAGGUAAUGUGAGAAAGUGAAGAGACUUUGUAGAGGCUCUAAGGUUUUCCAGAUGUCUCCUCUGAUGCAGAUAACCGCUGCUGUCUGAUUCACACCCAGAGAAAAAGAAAAAAAGCUGCACACUUUUUCCGGAUUACAGGCAACGUCGCUCUGCUGGGAUUUUUUCAGAAAUCGCUCCUUUCUGUCUGCAUGCUGGAUGUGAGGACGCGUUUUUGGGACAUGGGCGGGGACCGAGGAGACAGAAUAAAGAAGCUGUUUUAAUUAAUAAAGACUUUAUGAUUAAAAUGUUAUUCCGGUAAAGCCCUCGGAAACUCACAAGGGAAGAUCCAAUGAGUGGCACACAGUCAACACUCACUGACAGGACCCCCAGCAUUCUCAACAAGGACCCGCCAGACAAGAAACCGAAGAAUGAGAAAACCUCCGUCUCCCUCAAACAUGAGUUUGACCCAACAGGUCUGGUGCAGCGCUGUGUGAUAAUCCAGAGGGAUGAAAAUGGUUUUGGGCUGACAGUAAGUGGAGACAACCCUGUGUUUGUGCAGCUGGUCAAAGAAGAUGGAGCUGCAAUGCGAGCCGGAGUCCAGACAGGAGACAGAAUCAUUAAGGUUAAUGGGACCUUAGUGACACAUUCAAACCACAUAGAGGUGGUGAAGCUGAUAAAAUCCGGCUCCUAUGUGGCCCUCACAGUGCUGGGGAGGCCUCCGGGGCUUCCUCAGAUCUCACUUGAGGAGGAGAAGGAUGGGAACGAGGAGGGCGGAGAGGUCAGCACCUCCCUUUCAGCGCCCAACUCACCUGCACUGUCAGGUGGAGAGCAGAGCAGCUGUUUGAGUGGCAGCCCUCAGCAUCCACUCAGCACUGCUCUGUGUGAUGGGGAUGGAGCCUUGGGGUACAGGAAUGGUGAGACCGAGGAGGGGGAUGGUGGGAAUCCUCAGAGGGAACAAGCUUCACCGUCACGGUGCGACAAUGGACCCUCGAUCAGUAACAAUUCCAUGCACAGCAGCCCGUUUUCAGAAAGUAUUGGUAAAAGAGAGACGCCCUGUCAGAGUCCAGAUGUCAGCCGCAGAGAUGGACUCAACUUCUGCUCGUCACCCGAAACCGACGACACACCUGAAGCUGACUGCAGUACCCAGUGCAUCGUGGGUAACCCUCCCUAUCUCCUGAACCCUCAGAUCAUUGGAGCAGAAGACGACUACUUCGACUCCCAGCAAGAACAGAUUAAUGGACUGUGCAGCUGUUUCCAGAGUAUUGACUUGCUGAAGUCACGGCCGGCUCACCUCGCAGUCUUUCUACAUCAUGUGGUCUCACAGUUUGAUCCUGCUCCUCUGAUGUGUUUUCUCUAUGCUGACAUGCACAAGCAAACCAGCUCCAAAGAAAGUCGACGCUUCUUCAUAGAGUUUCACUCGCUCUUCAUGGAUCGAAAUGCUAAUCUUAAAGUACCAGUACCAGAGACAGUUGCAGCUGAACUAGAGAAGCGGAGGUUGGAGUUAAUCCCAGAGGAGUUGUGUAAACAGUACACUCAGGCACUACAGGACACACUGUUACCAGACCUGCACAAGAACCUGGAAGACUUCAGACAGAAGCGCAGCAUGGGUCUGACGCUGGCUGAAGACGAGCUGUCCAAGCUGGACUCGGAUCGGGGAAAGGACCAGCAGGCCUUGGAGAAGGAAUGUUCCUGUGCUGAACACAUCCUCACCAAGAUAGAGGACAUCCUGAUGACGUCGCAGCCCUCAGAAGAGGAGAAGUGCCAGACAAUGCAGUAUGUGAUUCUGACCUACAUGAAGCAUCUCGGAGUGAAAGUGAAGGAACCUCGUGGCCUCGAACACAAACGUGCACGCAUCAAUUUCCUGCCCAAGAUUAAGAAAAGUGUCAAGCCUGAGAAGGAGGGUGAGGAGAAGGUGAAAAAGCCUCGAUUUCCCAACAUCCUCGGCCCACCUCGACGUCUGAGCAGAGUCGACUCCACUUCAGUUGGUAAAGCCGUGGAGCUCAACAAGCAGCGCUCACCAAAGGUCACUCAGCCGGCCUUCAGCAUCCCUGAAGUGUUGGACUCUUCCGCCUCAAGUUCUGGACGGAUCCGAGCCAAUCAGCUGAGCGAGGGAUCGGACACCAGCAUCCAGUCUUUACCUUCCACCACCUCCCCAACCCACUGCUCCCCCGGAGGUCAGACGCCCGACACCAUUGGACAAGAAUCAGACUCCAAUGUCUCUCCGUUCAACAAUCAGCUCAAACUUACUGAAGGUCUGCAGUCAGGCGACCACCAGGAUGGCGUCUCCAAUCCGACUGGCACCCAGUUUGACUUCAGUCCCUCAAAUAUGGAGCAGCGAGAAGAAGAUCAGGAGGUCUUCAGCAGGAUGGAGGUGCAGUGUUCAGUGAGUUCACCCGACAUCCAAAGCGAAGACGACCAGGCCGGAGAGGUGGAGUGUCAAGAGGAUCCUCUGAACUGGCAGCGGCUGGUCAGUCGAGAUGUUCUGGCCAAAUUAACGCCACAGGAAAUCAAACGGCAGGAGGUCAUCAACGAGCUGUUCUACACUGAGCGUGCUCACCUGCGCCGACUGAAGGUGAUCGACUGUGUUUUCUACCAGCGGCUGAACAGAGACGGCAUCCUUCCACCAGAAGACAUCAAGCACAUAUUCAUUAACCUGGAGGAGAUCAUUCAGCUGCAUGUUUCUGUAACAGAACAAAUGACAGCGAUCAGGAAGAGGAGCGAGACAUCGGUGAUCGGUCAAAUCGGAGAUGAUCUCUUGGCCUGGUUCAGCGGGGAGGAAGAGGAGAAGAUCAUAAGAGCUGUGGGAACUUUCUGCAGUAACCAGCCGUCUGCUCUGGAGCUCAUCAAGACCAGGAAGAAGAAGGACCAGAGGUUCAACCUGUUCAUGCAGGAAGCUGAGAGCAACCGUUUGUGUCGCAGGCUGCAGCUUAAAGACAUAAUUCCGGCAGAAAUCCAGAGAAUGACCAAGUAUCCACUUCUUCUGGACAACAUCGCUAAAUAUACAGAUGAUGCUGAGGAGAGAGAGAAGGUGAAGAAAACUGCAGAAUGUUGUAAAAAGAUCCUGAACCACAUCAACCAGGCGGUCAAAGAGGCUGAAAACAAACAGAGGCUGGAGGACUAUCAGCGAAGGUUGGAUCUGUCGUCUCUCAAACAGAGUGAAAACCCUCUGAUCCUGGAGCUGAAGAAUUUGGACCUAACCAAGAGAAAGAUGGUUCAUGAGGGGCCUCUCUCCUGGAAGGUCAACAAGGACAAGACAAUUGAGCUCUACACGAUCCUCCUGGAGGACAUCAUGGUUUUACUGCAGAAACAGGACGAGCGUCUGCUGCUCAAGUUUCAUGGUAAGAACAUGGUCAGCGUCACAGACACCAAGAACAUCUUCAGCCCCAUCAUCAAACUCAACACAGUGCUGGUUCGACCCGUCGCUACUGACAACAAGUCUUUUUUUGUUCUGUCCAUGUCGGAUAACGGAGCUCAGAUCUAUGAGCUGAUGGCUCAGACAGUGUCCGAUCAGAGAACUUGGCAGUGUCUGAUCACUCAGUGUGCCGAUGCCAUGAAGGCCAAACCUCACGACAACAGCGACACGCCUGCAGCUCCGUCUGAUGCUGAGCGGGACGCUAUAGAGAUCAUCAACAGUGAGAUGCCCAAACCGAGCAAAGAGCCAAAUGGGACGUCAGGUGGAAGCAUCCAUUCUUCAGACAUUCAAGCUCCAGCAGCGAGCCUCAACCCCUUCGACAGCUUGAAAUCAGAAGAUGAGGAAGAGGAGCUGGCUGCAACAGACAGACCGGGGGAAGAUGAGGAGGAUGAAGAGGUGGACGAGGCAGAGCUGGAAGCCUUCCUGGACGGGCAGCUGGCAGACAGACUCCUGCAGGAAGGAUCCCGUCAGGGCAUCGCCAUCGAAAAUGAAGAGCUCAAUGCAUUUGGCCUGCCCUCUAAAGCCGAAGAUGCUCUACGGACACUGUCGAUGCUGAAGCAGGCUCUCUUCAUCCAUAUGCUGAGCAGAGAAGCCGAGGAGGAGAAAGACGAGUCAGAGGAGAACAAGCAGAGUCAGCUGAGUGCCUGUUUGCCUGGAAGUCAGGAAGAACCCUCUGCUGCAUGUGACGAGAGCCGAGCAUCUGAGGGUUUGCAGAAAGACGACCUGCAGCUGCCAGACUCAGCUGAACGCAACAGUAAUGGUGGUUUCACAGUUCUGGAUUUUGGUGGAGGUUCUGAGGAGAGCAGCACAGAAGAUGACGUCGGAGGCGACGUGGGGAUCGACAUGAGGAAGCUCCUGUCCUCGUCCUCGCAGACGGGAAGCGGUGGACCUGACCUCAGCCGGCAGCUCAUGACCCACCUGCGCCUCCUACAGGCUGACCUGCAGUAUUUGAAGGACGUUGAGAUAAAAUACAACAAACUGCGACAAAUGCACAGUGAUGCAGCAGCUACUGACUCAGAUGACAACAACGAUGGGAUUCAGUGAUGACAGACUUCCUGCUCUCUCGGUUGUAUGAGCCAAGUUCCACAUUACUGCAUGAUCACCUUCUUCUGGCUCCAUCUUCGACUGUUUGACUCUCAGUAAUGGAAGCUUAAUGUCUGAUCUCAGGCUUGUAUCAGUGGAAGGUGAUCAGGACUGUUCCACUAUAAACUCCUUCAACCAGCAGGUGCAGAGGAAACAUAUCAUGGAAGAACUCAUGGACUUUUUGUUUUGCUAAGAUAAUACUCAACUGCUUAAAUUAUCUGAAACACUGGAUAUAUAAAACGGAAAAAAGGGCAAGUGGAGGUUUGAGGUCACACAGAUGUAAAGCAGGUAAGUGUUAAGACAUAACAGUACAAGAGGGAGACUGUCUUGUUCAGCACUUGAUGUAAAAAAGUCUAUAUAUGCCUAAAGAUGGAAUAGAAAUUAAAGUGCUGGAUAUAAACCCAAAAGGUUUCAGAGAUAAUCCACAAGAGACUGUAACAACCAACCUUGUAAUCCCCAAAUGUCAAGAAAAGCAAUGGUUUUUAGCAAUGUUUUGCAUAAAAACUGGAAGCAGGAGGACAGCUAGCCUGACUCUGUUUAAAGUGUCUAUCAAUAAUAUGCUCUAUUAUGUUGGUGUUUUGUCUAGGGCUUUGGUCUGGCCAGCUGACCAAUCAAGAGCAAAGUGGGCUUUUCAGGAGGAAGGCCUUAAAGAGACAGGAGCUAGAACAGAGCGUUUCAAACAAACUGUAAGAAGACAUACGUCAGUAAGAUCUGAUAUUCGAGAAAUAAUGUGUUAUCUUGAACUUUAAAGCAUGUAGACAUACUCUAGUGGAUCCCCAAAAUAGAAUUAAACACCUGUAAAUGUACACUAAAUGGACUCUUUAAACCAUCCACUAACAGAAAUGCAAAAAAAAAUAGAACAUUUGUGGUUCUAUGUGGAGUUAGGUGCAGCAGGUUGGACACAAUCAUGUCUAUGUAGGAAACGAAACCUGUGUUUAGUUCCAUACAACACAAAUUUUCUCUUCUCUGUUUCUGUUUUGUGUUAGGAAAUGAGUUGUUGAUUAUUAGUGGUCUUCAAAGGUGUUGACAGGCUAGCUGUUUCCCCCUCCUUUCUGUCUUUAUGCUAAGCUAUGCUUGCAGUUAAUGCACAGAUGUGAAAUUAUGCUGCAUCGACAUGAUAUCAGCAUAGCAGGAAGACCAAGUAAACUCUACUGACUCCGAUUUUGAACCAAUUAAAUAUUAAUUUAUUUUAAAUUACCAUUUUAUUGUUGUUAGUAUGUGUGGCAGGUUGUUAACGAGUGACACUAGAUACAAACAGCGUAAAGCUCCUUUUAGAGUGGCUUAAUUGAUCAUAUUAGUUCUAUUCCUGGUUUUUAUUCAGAGAUGACAGCUUUGCAGCCCUGAUGCCAGCAGUUUAGGCCUUCAGGAAUUUGUUAUUGGAGGUAAAUGUCUCCAACUGCCACAAUCUGAAUGACGUUGAUUAAUAUAAAACUCCUCUUCGUACACCAGCAAAGGAAGAAAAUAAGCAAAUUUUUCACUAAAUUGAACUUCUCCUUGAAGCACUUGGUCAAAACAGACAUUUUUCUGCUCAGGCUUUUGAGCUAAACACUGUCUCUUCAAGGACUGGUCACCAACUUUCUGCAGCCUUUUGACACCUCCAGCUGUCUUUCUCAUAGUGAAUAAAAAUAGCAUAUGAAUGCAGUAUUAACUGACUUAAAAGUUUCAGAUUUUGUACUUCCUAAAGCACUUGAAUGUAGUAUUAUAAAGCAAACAUAAAAAUGCUGUAAUGAGGAAAACUUAGGCUCAAAUCGGUGCAGGAAUCUGAUCUACGCUGUCUGCAGGUGACCAGUUUUCACCUAAAAUAUUCUGCUAAAUGUUAAAAAACCAUUGCGAAUGGAGGUAAAACUGAAUUAGUCUGACUCUGUGUAGCAACCGAACAGACACUGAAAAUACUUAAACAGUACCGUCGUAAUGAUAAACUCAUUUUACCAAAGCUCUCCGCAAGUAGAACAGCAAAAACAAAAGCUAUUAUUCUGAUAUUUAAUGUUUUCUUUGCAGCUACAGACACAACUUUUCAGAAUGUGUUUAAUCAGAAAUGUAUCUGUAUUUCAGACCUUAUCCUACUUGAUAGUGAGCACAAUAAUAUGUGUGACUGAUGAUUCUGAGUCUAGGACUUUUAGAUCCUCCACACCAGGGGUCGGCAACCCACGGCUCCGGAGCUGCAUGCGGCUCUUUUAUCCCUCUGUUGUGGCUCCCUGUAACUCUGGAAAAUAAAUAAUCAGCAGGCUAUUUAAUUAAAAUUCUUUGAUUUUAGUUUGUUAGUUUUUAAAAUUUAAUUCUAAAUUUGAAGAUUAUGGUGAUCUUGUGACAUCAAAAUAAAACGUCUUAAUUUUUUGUCCGUCAAAAUAUGCGUCCCAGCCGUCAAUCUCCGACCCUCGCCGGCCUGCGGGUAUUCAUUUGGAGUCCUGUUGAUCUUCAGAUCUGUGUUUUUCUGCAUUCAUUCAGCAGCGGUGGACCACCAUUCCUAAAUCCUAGCUGUCACUCCUUCAAAUUUCUUUCUUUUUCUUAUUGUUGCAAAUACACCACCGCCGCACGUCUCCGCCUUCACAGCAGAGUCCUGCAUUGUGUGAUAUGCACUCGUGAGUAAUAUGGUAAACUACGGAUAAUUGUCUUGGUUAAUAUCUACUCUUUGAUAUGUCAGGUUAAUACGACGUUACUCGCGAGAGCACAGCUCGAUGUCACGUCCAGCAUCCAGGCAGCAGGUCAGAGAGUCAGAGGAGUGUCGUCUUGGAAAAUAGGGCAGCGACUUACCGGAGAAAAGUUAUUAGCUUAAGAUAAAUAGAUUUUACAAGUUAAAUAGACAUUCGCAAAUUAUUGAUUUCCAGCUAACAUUACGUAACAUAUGAGGUCCAGGAGCAAAAAUGACAUUAACCAAGUAAGAUAAAUAUUAGUGGAAGGACACAAUUUAAAAAAUGAAUCUAUCUAAUUAGAGGCUUUGUAAUUAAUUAAUCACGACUGAUUAACAAGGGCAUAGAGGUAAAAAAGCGAUAUAUGCAGUGUUGUCUCCAUUUUAAAUGCCGAAAGGAUUUUGCGGCUCCCAGUGUUUUCUGUGAGAAACUGGUCGAAAUGGCUCUUUAAGUGUUAAAGGUUGCCGACCCCUGCUCCACACGAAUCGAAUCACGUUUAAUUUUCAGAGCCACAAAAAAAUCGCUCAUCAGAUGCCUGCACUUCACUUUCAUGGUUGGACUGCAAAGACUCGUAUUCACUGGCCGCAGGACUGCACACAUGACACUGUGGCUCUGAUUUCUUUUGAAUUUUAACAACAGUGUAGAUGAGAAGGAUUAUUAUGGACUGUUUUUAAAGUAAUGAGUAAUAAGACAUAAUGUACAAUGACUUCAUAUCAAAAGUUUGUGGUUCUACUUGCCCUGUUGCUUUUCACACCAUGCAAUCAUGUAAUGUUUUAACACAAACUACUUAAAAAGAGGAUAAAGUAUCCAGCAGUAUUAAUCUGUUCUGUAAAUGUUAUAUUUUUUUGCAUUGUUAUUAACCCUGUUAACGUGUUUGCUCACAAAUGUGGCUCCUUUUUCUUGAAAAAUGAAAGAAAAUAUUGACAAAAGUGUCAUUUUGUUUCAGUUGCUCCUGGGUGGGGGGAGUUGGGCUCGAUGGUAUUUGCCUUUUCCUCAAAUAGUAUUUAAUGAAUAAUCCAAAUUGAACAGUUAGCUUCCUUUGUGAGCUGUUUGCACGUUCUGAAAAUUCUGUUUCCUUAAAAAAAACACGUUAGAAAGUCUUCAUAAAAUUAAUUUAUAAAAGCCUUGAACGUU